AUGCUUGCCGAAUUGGGACGACUUGAAUUCGAGCGGAAAAAUUUUGCACCUCCCACGUGGACCACGCAAGAGGCACAAUUAGAGGAUUUGGAAGACGACCAAGACCGCUUGGACAUCCUUAGUGACGCGGAGAGCGAGCACAGUGACCAUGACACGGAAUCGGAACAGUCGGAUGAUGAAGAUUAUGAUAAUAGAGAUCUUUGUUAUGUCGGUAAGGACAAUGCAACGCGUUGGAUAGCUCAUCCUCCUCGCCCUAACCGUCGAACAGCUAAACAAAAUAUAGUUAUUCAUUUACCUGGUGUAAAGGCAGUUGCAAAGAACGCAAAGUCAAUAAGGGAAUGUUGGGAGUUGUUUUUCCCACUGCAAACCGUAGAGCAUGUUGUAAAUUGUACAAACAUCUACCUUGAUAAACUACGGCCAAAUUACCAGAGGGAGAGAGACUGUCGAAGGACAGAUACUACAGAAAUAUAUGCCCUAUUUGGACUUUUAUAUUUGGCCGGAGUCAAGAAGGCUCAGUAUCUCAAUACCAAGGAGCUAUGGACAGACGAUGGGACGGCUCCAGAAAUUUUUAGGCUGACGAUGUCCAGGGAGAGGUUUCACCUAUUACUGCGCUCAUUACGGUUUGACGACAUAAAUGACAGAGAGAACAGGAAGCAGUUUGAUAAUUUGGCACCGAUUCGUCAAGUAUUUGAAGAAUUUGUACAGAAGUGUCAAAAUAAUUACCAAAUUGGAGAGUACUGCACAGUUGACGAAAUGUUAGAGAGUUUUAGGGGACGCUGUAAAUUUAGACAGUACAUAGCGAACAAACCCGCAAAAUACGGUUUAAAGAUUUGGGCCUUGGUAGAUUCCAAAAUGUAUUAUACCCAUAAUUUGGAAGUCUAUGCUGGAAAACAGCCCGAUGGCCCAUUCAAGCUAGACAACUCUGCAAGCGCCGUCGUAAAACGCAUAACCCAACCAAUUCUAAACACUGGAAGAAACGUCACGAUGGACAACUAUUUUACGUCAAUUCCUCUCGCGAAAUAUAUGCUACAGAUGAAGACAACUAUAGUUGUAACGGUAAGAAAGAAUAAACGAGAGUUGCCAACUGUCUUUUUGAAUACAAAGGAUAGACCACUGCGGAGUACUAUGUUUGCUUUCCACGACAAGAUAGUCGUUGCCUCCUACACACCAAAGCGGGGAAAAAAUGUUUUGACACUCUCUACAUUUCAUUCUGGCGAUACAAUCGAUCCAGAAUCCGGUGAUUUAUUGAAACCCGACAUCAUUACCUUUUAUAAUAAAACUAAGGGUGGAGUCGACGUUGUUGACGAGCUAAAAAGUCUGUACUCUGUAUCCCGCUUCUGUUGUAGAUGGCCCUUGCGAUUAUUCUUUACCAUUAUGGAUAUUGGAGUUAUUAACUCCCAAAUAAUAUUCAAGAGUAACACAGAAAUUAUUCAGGAUCGCAGAAUAUACCUAAAGGAAUUGGCCCAAGAGCUGAUAAAGCCGCAUCUAGUAUAUCGUUCCACAAUAAGAUAUUUGCCAUUGGUACUUCGCACACGAAUAAAGCAGACCUUGAAGAUACCUGAACCCGACCAUGCCGUAGCACACGAGACUCAAGGAUUUUGUGGAUUUUGCCCACGACGAAAAAAUCGCAAAACUAAAAAACGUUGCGGGCGCUGCACAACAGCGAUCUGCACAGAACAUGCAAAAUAUCUUUGUCCAACCUGUGCUGAUGAAAUUGCUACAAGUGAAGAUUCGGCCAAUUAA